CCUGCCUCCGAGGCCACUUAAGACAGAGCCAACAUUGGGACAACUGCUUCUCCUGAGCAUUUCUGGAGCAGAAGCUCUUCUCACAGAGGGAGGGACCGAACGGGCAGCAGACACCAUGGAGCCCCCUUCGGCCCUUCCCCGAGGAGGACGGGUCCCCUGGCAGGACCUCCUGCUGGCAGUCUCGCUCUUAACCCUCUGGAACCCACUCACCAUUGCCCAAGUCACCGUGGAGCCCGUGCCGCCCAGUGCUACUGAAGGGAAGGACGUCCUUCUGCAAGUCCACAAUCUGCCUGGGGAUACUAGACGCUUCAACUGGGCCAUGGUAGAGGCCAACCGUCAUAUUGUAUCAUAUAUAGUAGAUGUAAGAGUUAUUAUCCCAGGACCUGCACACAGCGGCAGAGAGACAGUGUACCCCAAUGGAUCCCUGCUGUUCCGGAACAUCACCCUGAAGGACACAGGAUACUACACUCUACAAAUCGUAGAUAGAAAUUAUGAAGUGGCACAAGUAACUGGACAGGUCCGCAUAUUCCAGCCCUUGGCCCAGCCCACUCUCCAUGCCAGCAACACCACAGUCACAGAAGACAAGGACUCUAUGGUCCUGACCUGCUCCACAAAUAAUCCUGAGGUCUCUAUCGGGUGGCUCUUCAAUGGCCAGAGUCUAAAGCUCAUGGAGAGGAUAACACUGUCCCAGGACAACAGGACCCUCACCAUACGCCCUGUCAGGAAGGUGGAUGCCGGGAAUUACCAGUGUGAGGUCUCCAACCCAGGUGAUUCCAGGAAAAGUGACCCUGUGAGGCUGGAUAUGAGCUAUGAAGGAAGCACCACAGGCUUCCCUGUGGGGUCCAUGGUUGGCAUUACAGUUGGGGUCCUGGUCGGACUGGCACUGGUGGCCACCUUAGGCUGUCUCCUGCUCCGCACAAGGACUGGAAGAGCCAGUGGCUGGCAUGACCUCAGAGAGCUCUGCUGCCCGGCACCCACCCCCCGGCAUGGUCCAACCAGCAGCUCCAAAUCCCAGGACUCCCUGCCCGGCCCCACAACAGCCAUUCCUAUCUACCAGGAAUUACGACACCCAGACACAAACACAUACUGCCAGAUCAACCACAAAGCAGAAAUGGCUUCUUAGUUUCCCCAGGGUCUGGGGGCUGCUGAGACCCAGGACUCUAGGUGGGGUCAGGAGCCUGUGCUCCUGACACAGCCUGUGCCAGAGAACCAGCUCUAGGCCCUGAGGAUAUUCAGGAACAUGGACCCAGGGUCAGGUUCAUCACCUUCCUUCACUACCAACCGAUGGGGGCAGCCUGGACUUGGUCCUUUGAACGUGGAGUCACUUCCUGCAGUGAUGUCCACAGCACCCUCACUGCCCUGAGUGAUGGGGACAGAGGCCAGUGCACACUCCCUGCAGCCCUUUCCACCCCUUCCUUUUUUUUUUUUUUUAAGAUU